CUGUUUUUAACUUAAACUCAGUUAUUUGGAUGUUCUUUAAUUAAAUUCACAUAUUUAUUACACACGGUUCAAUAAUUUUUAAAUUUUAAAACCUCACAAAUUUGAAGAAAUAUGAAAUAAUUUGGAUCCCCUAAUCACUAUUAAUUUGUAAGCUGGACCUGCCCAUAUGUUUGCGUUUAUAUACUUUUAUAUUUAAGAUAUAUAUAUAUAUAUAUAUAUAUAUAUAUAUAUAUAUAUAUACAUAUAAAUAUAUUGUAUGUUUUACUAUGGUUGAUUUGAUCUGGCAGAUUUUUUUAAUUCCGUGUCUGCUGUUAAUUUAUUUUUAGAUGUCUGCCGACGUUUCGACAGUUCUGCCCUUAGUUACUGGCCUAAUUGUCAUUUCAGUAACAGCAGCAUUCUGGCUUGGUCGAAAAUUUCUAUUUAGCAUGGCUCCACCAAUUACCCUAAUCAAUAAAGACACUAAAUAUUCACUCAAAUUAAUUGAAAAGAGGUCUUUGAACCAUGACACAAGAGUUUUCAAAUUUGAACUACCUUCUCCCAACCAUGUGUUAGGUCUGCCUGUUGGACAACAUGUCUUCCUGACUGCAAAGGUUGAUGACAAAUUAGUGAUAAGGCCAUACACACCAAUAUCCUGUGAAGAUGAUAAGGGCUACAUGGAACUCCUUGUUAAAGUGUACUUCAAAGGGGUCCACCCUAAAUUUCCUGAAGGUGGAAAGAUGACUCAAUAUUUAGAGAACAUGAAAAUUGGUGAGAGUAUUGACGUGCGGGGACCAAAUGGCUUGCUUGUCUACAAGGGUCUAGGAUUGUUCAAGAUUCAAGCAGAGAAAAAGUUGCCAGCCAAAGAUCAUAAGUACAAAAAGCUUUGCAUGAUUGCUGGUGGUUCAGGCAUAACACCGAUGUACCAGAUGAUUCAUUGCAUACUUAAAAAUCCCAAUGAUAAAACUCAACUCUGGCUGCUCUAUGCCAAUCAGACCGAAAGCGAUAUUUUAUUGCGCAAUGAGUUGGACGAAUUGGCAGCUAAUCAUCCUGAUAGUUUCAAGUGUUGGUACACACUUGACAGGCCACAACCGGAUUGGAAGUAUAGCACUGGCUUUGUGAAUGACGAGAUGAUAUCCUCUCAUAUGUGUCCGCCGGCCAGUGACGUGCUGGUCACCAUGUGUGGACCCCCGCCCAUGAUCCAAUUCGCCUGCACACCUGCACUCGAUAAAUUAAAUUACAAAAAUAGAUUUGCGUUUUAAAUGUUUAAAAUGUUCUGGAAGGAGAGAGGAAGAUGAAAAGAUGAAUCCGGAUUUUUUUAAAUUGCGCUGUUAAAUUAACUAAACUUUCAAAAAUUGGCUAAUAAUCAAAUUAUUUAAGUUCAAUGCUUCUUAUAUAUAUAUAUAUUUUUUUAAAUGUAUCUUGUUUUUUCGUUACACUCUAUACGUUAACGAACACUGAACAGUUGAACUUGCCUGAAGGAGGUUUUUGUGUCCUAUGAGUUUAUCUCAAUUCUUUUGAAUGUAUCAUCCAUAUAAAUAGAAUAUAUUCUAUUUAUAUGGUGUCAUCUUAUUUGUAUAUUGAUGUGUAAAGUAAUGAGAAUUAUUAUCGUUUGA